GACGUCGAGUCAAAUCAUUGAGCUACACACGCUGUGAAUUAUUGCAAGUUGCAACGAUUUCAACAAAUAUCCUACUGGCGACGUUUGGGAUUAGCGCAUUUGUAAUGCAAGCAUAUGUCCGCUAAUGAUAUCAUUACCAUACAACAACAUGGAUUCCGUUAGCCUUGUUUGGUACGGCAGCAGUUUGUACACAAGCUCGUUUGUUUGCGUUGCCGCACGGACGAUGUGCACACCCAGAAUUCAAACAUGCAAAUUUCUUGUUUCUAUAAACAGUCACUUAAAAUUUGAUUACCAGUUCCGGGACGGGAAAUGAUUCACGCACACCGUUGCUUUGGCCUUUCCCCUUAUUUUCAGCUCGAGAAAUCUUCCGCGGUGGAGCUGUACACCUACAUCACGCUGCUACUGAUCUGUGUGCUGCUGUACAUCUUCUCGGACUAUUUGAAAAUAUGCGCGCUCGCGUUCCGUUUGCCCGGACCAACGGCCUACCCCGUGAUAGGGAACUGUUUGGACAUUGCCAAGAAAGAUCUGAUCUCGCGCGAGAUGUCCCAGGCGUACAAGAGCUAUGGCCCGUUGGCGCGCGUCUGGAUAUUUGUCUUUCCAAUGUUUGUCGUGUUCGAUCCGAACGAUCUGAAGCUGAUACUGUCCUCGAAGAAGCACACGAACAAAUCGAUGUUUUACAAACUGCUGCACAAUUUUCUCGGCCGUGGACUUAUCACCAGCAGUGGACACAAAUGGAGCUCCCAUCGGAAGCUGAUUCAACCAUCCUUUAACAUAGCGAUACUGGAGAAGUUUAUCGACACGUUCACGGACAGUGCGGCGUCACUGAUCGAUAAGCUACCGAAAGAGGAAACGAUACUAAACGUCACCGAAUACGUAAACAACUGUGUGCUGGAUAUACUGAAUGAGGCUGUCCUAGGAGUUCCAGUAAAAUCAGCUGAUAAGAAAGAGAUGGAACAGUCGCCCUUUAGACAAGGAAAAGUAGUUGCACCGUACCGUAUCACCCAUCCAUGGCUGUUGUUCAACUCGAUCUACAAGCUGACUGAUGCGGCAACGGCAGAACUCAACCAGAAGAAACAGCUCGACGAGUUCUCCAGGAAGAUGAUUCGUCGUCGGCGGGAAAUACUGAAGACACUUACACCGGCUGACAGACGCUGCCUGUUGGACUUUAUGAUUGAAAUCUCGAACGAGAAUCCUGACUUCACCGAGGACGACAUCAUCGAUGAGGCGUGCACAUUCAUGUUGGCAGGACAAGAUUCGGUUGGUGCCGCCGUUGCCUUUACACUGUUCCUGCUCGCCCGCCACCAGGACCAUCAAGCGAAAUGCUACGAAGAGAUCCAACGGCACAUUGGUCCAGACUGCUCCAAACAACCAACCGCCGAAAGUAUCCGCGAGCUGCGCCAUCUGGAGGCGUGCAUUAAGGAAAGUCUACGGCUCUACCCAAGCGUACCGAUGAUGGCACGCAAAAUCGGCGAAGAUGUCCGGGUGGACAAGUACAACCUUCCGGCGGGAACGGAAAUCCUCAUCCUGCCGUACGCCACGCACCGACUCGAACACGUCUAUCCCGACCCGGAACGGUUCGAUCCGGAGCGGUUCGGGGAUGGGGCACCGCAUCAAAACCCGUACGCGUUCAUUCCGUUCAGUGCCGGGCCACGGAACUGCAUCGGGUACAAGUUUGCGUACAUCGAGAUGAAAACGGUCAUCUCGCGGGUGUUGCAAAAUUUCCAUCUCUCACCAGCACCGGGCAAGGAGGAGCUAGAGCCUAUUUUCCGCAUGACGCUCCGAGCGAGAGGUGGCCUUUGGGUCAAGAUGACUCCAAGGAAACCCGUUUCGUAGAGACGCUAUGCGGAUCGACUGUAUGUGUGUAUGUGUUUAUGUGUGAGUGCGAGUGCGUGUGUGAUCAGUGUGCGUGUGUGUGUGAGAGUGGGAAAGGGAAACUAGAUCAUUCGAUGAAUGGUCUAGAUACGGAUAGCUUAGAAUAAGUGGUCAGGGAAGCAAUAAAUUAUGUCUUUAAUUUUAUGUAGACAAGAUGUACAUUGUUACAUUAUUCUUUUUACAAAGUUA